CUAGAUGGGAAAAAGUCCGGUGUUCCGGUCCUGGUAUGUACCUGGUUGUCGAUCUCUUCUUGAACACGCCGCCGGGGGAUUCAUUCAUAAAAUCUGUCGGAGCCGGCUGCCGCUCCAUUCAUUCGCCAAGAGCCCUAGAGCACAAACGUGCUCGCGGUCGUCACAGACGUAUCUACACCUGCUCCGCGAUAGUCAGCAUCUCGCCCAGUGUCUACCUGCAUUCCACGACAAUAAAAAAACACACACACACACACACUUUUUCGGGUCUCGUGGACGCAGCCAGAAAUUCGUCGGCCGAUAAUUUCGCAUUUGUUUUAGUUUUGAUUUUUUUUUUUUUCGUCCGAUUUUGUGAGUUGUGACGGACCUAUGUGGUGACAGUGCGGUACGGUGUGGUUUUCGUUGUUUUUACGGCAGGAUUUUCGUUUUUUUUUUUUUUUUGUUGGUUGUUUUUGGGGGGUCGAAACCGGGGACCUGCGACAUGGAGAUGGAUUCAAGGUUCUUCUUCCUUCUGGUCGUUUUCUACACUGUCUAUACGAAAUCGGUGGGGGCAACUUGCUACUUCUCGCAGGAGUUCCAAGGCGAAUACGUGACGCAGGACUCGUCCAGUCCCGGCAACGGCAUCCUGUACAGCACCCUCAGCGUGACCGACAACUCCAUCCCCAUCUGGGGCAACUGCCACAAAAGAUUCGGCAACAACUUCAUCUUCAUGGACAACGUGAGCGAAACGAGUUGCAUUCGAUGUCUCCAUUUGAAAUUGCGAUCUGCCAAUAUCCUGCAAGUUUUUGCGGCCAGCCAGGAGUCGCUGUCGAAGUGCUUCACUAAUGAAGAAUCGGCCCUCGCCAACUGUCCGUCCGAGGAGUCCAUUUUGAGAAGAGAAGCGGCAGAAAUAUUGUUAUUCAAAACGAAAAAUGGACGAACUGACAUAACCAACAAAGAAUAUUGCCCCAUUGAUGGCAAGUACUACGUCAACUACGAGAAAACUAACACCCCCAUGAAGAGUGAAUGCAAAGGGUUCAACUCUACGGUUGAUUCUUGUCCCUCCGGGUCUACACUAACCUUUAGACUUAAAGGUUGCACCUUCGACAGUUAUGGUAACACUUCACCAAACCUCUUUACUUUUGGUACUCAUUUGAUAAGUGUUUUCACAGAGCUAAUCUUCGACUGUAUGGGACACUGGAAAGGCCUCAACGGAGAAUCAUUCCUGGUGUUCACCGACCACAGAUACAGGGACGGCCACAACAAACCAAAAUACAGAUGUGCUAUGUACAAACAGGACGAAAGCACGGGCAAAAUCCACAUGGCGUUGAGCAAGGACUCGACCUGCAACAACGAGCUUCAAAACUCCACCUCAGGGUUCGAGAAGUUCGUCCUUACACCUUACAAAGAACAGUGGCCAGCCGAAGCGUCGGAAAUAUGCACCUUCCCCAAGUGGAUGCAGGGCAACUGGGAGCACGUACGAGUGGAAGAAGACACCAUGAUCUACAAAGACCACAGCUCGUUCAAGACUUACACCAUCCGUUGUGUGGGUGUGCAAGAGGAGGAAAACAGAUACCUGAUCUACAGCCGAAGUCAAUGCAACGAGGAGAGCUACAACUGCAUGAGGAUCGCCAAUAGGAGCGCGAACAUACUCGAAUUCCAAAUAGGAACGAACUCAAGCAGUACCUACGACGUGUACACCUUGUGUGCCGACGAAAACUUCAUGGGCGAGGCCUGGAUAACGCAAGGAAAAUUGGACGUCCAGCCCCAGACUUCGCCCGGCAUGUGCCCCAUUGAGGGGGAGUACUCAGGUCAGCUACCAGACAACAGCAUGCUCUGCGGCAAAAUGUGGUCGGACUGUCGGGCGCCGGAACUGAUGUAUUAUCAAGUUUACCACUGUCUUUCAAACGAAAUUUACGAGGACAGGGAGUAUAGAUGUUUGGGACAUUGGAGGGAGUCCGGAAUGCUGUACACCUACACGCAACGUAACGACGUUGCAGCUGGCACGUACGAAUGUUUCGUUGGGAGCAUCACCAUGAAGACUGAGAUUCGCAUCAAGGAGGCCGGUGAGCACUGCCAACGGGACGUGGAUCCUUACAAGUACGGGAUGAAACUGGUGAAGGCGGAGACGUACUCUUGUAAAACACGUGACACCACGCCUAAACCAGUUAUUAGUCAGAGCACGACUCUUCCUACCAAGACCACAUUUACUACCAGAAGGAGGACUCCUACCACUUAUUUCGAUAAUUCUAUACCAAAGGCCGGUGAUGAAGAUACCAGUGAUGGAAAUAUUUUGCGUACUUGCAUGUCGUUGUAUAUAAUUGUGUGUAUAUUUCGUGCCCUUCUGUGACUUGUGUAACUUCAAGAGUUCUCUCUAGGCCAUAAUAGUCGGGUGGAUGUGCAAAUGUGGGUUUAUACGUGUUGUAACUAAUUGAUUCUCUUGUACUUUUUUUAUUGUUUAUUAAUUGAGAAUCUCCUACGACUUCACAAACCCCAAAGUCUAGCGCUGUUCCAAACAAAAUAAAAAAGAGAUCCCCUGGCUGUUGUUAAUUGACUGGGGAGGGCAGUGUACUUUUUAUUUUUAUGUUUCUCAAAGACUUGCCACUUGUUUAAAUAAGUAUUUCACAACGAAUUAUGCUUAUUGUAGUAUUAUGAUGACAUAAAGAAGAGAGGAAGACUAUUUAGAAACAAAAUUUUUUCGUACAUAUUGUUUAACAUAUUUUGAAAAUUUUAUAAAUCUAUAUUUAUGUGUUAAAUAUUCCUAUUUACUCGUAAGGUUCUUCCUUAGAGUAUGUUAUCCUGUAGUGAUGCCUAAUUUAUGUGAUUUUAUAUAUUUAUAUUUAAU